AUGGACAUCAAGAAAACCAAAUCCAAGAAAACCAAAUCUACUUCCUCGUCGUCUUCUUCAUUUGAUAGUUUGUUUGGUCCGAAAGGAUCGGCCUCUGCUUCUUCUGCAUCUUCUUGUUCAACUAUACUCGACUCCAUUUUCCCUCCUCCGGUAGCAAGGAAGAAGGGAAAUCACACUGCUCCUGAAGUUCAAAGCAGCAAAGGCACUGAUGAGAGAAGUAACCAUGAAAAAAGAGAAGCUUCAUAUUUCAGCUCCUCCAUUUACUACGGAGGCCAGCAACAUUAUUCACCUCCGCGAACCGAUGGCUCCUCCACUUCCCCAACUCACCAGCCCGAAGAAACCGAUGAUCGCAGUGACACAACCCCCUCUGCUUCCAGAGGAAAUUGGUGGAAAGGUUCUUUGUAUUACUAA